AUGGAUAAUAAAAGUAAGAGUACAUUUGUUUCGUUUAAUUGUAAAGGGUUUAAAAGAUCUGUAGAGUUUGUUAGGGACCUAUGUGUUUACGCUGAUGUAAUAGCCUUACAGGAGACCUGGCUCCUCGGUCAUGACCUACCAUUGCUGGGCUCGGUAAGUGAUAACUUUGAAUAUACGUCCAAAACGGCUGUUGAUACUACCGUGGGUAUUCUCAGAGGGAGGCCAUACGGUGGGGUUGCUUUGUUAUGGCGAAAAGGUAUAUUUGACACAGUUUCUGUUAUAAAUUGCAGUAGUGUCAGGCUAACUGCAAUCAGAGGAACGAUAGGCGGGAAAUCGAUUAUUGUGUUUUCGGUAUACAUGCCCACGGAUGCUCCUGAUAAUAGUGUCGAGUUUGUAAACUGUUUAGGCGAAAUCGAUGCUAUUGUAGAAAAUAAUGAUGUGGAAGCUGUAUACAUGUUAGGUGAUUAUAACGCGCACCCUGGCCAACCAUUUUGGUUGGAGUUACGGGAAUAUUGUUCAGAUAAAAAAUGGGUAUGUGCUGAUACGGAAAAAUUAGGAAUCAUGUCAAACACUAUUACAUUUAUUAGCGACAUUGAUGGUAGCAUGAGAUGGUUAGACCAUUGUAUUGUAACGCAAACAGCGUGGAAAACUAUUUCAAAUGUGAGAGUUGAUAGUGAUGUACACUGGUCUGACCAUUUCCCGCUAAUAAUAGAGAUAAUUUUAGACAAAGUAGUUUCAAAAUUAAACACUGAAAACUAUAAAUGCAAUAAAAUCCUGUGGCAAUCUAGGUCUGAGGCGCAGACUGGGCGAUAUCAUGACAUAUGCCAUGAGCAGCUAAGGCAUAUCGAUUUUCCGGUCUCAUUAACUUCGUGUGCGGGUGGGAUGUGUCAUGAUGUCACUCAUAGGCGCACACUAGAUGAUUUGUAUAGCCGGGUAGUCAAUAUUCUUAGCGGUGCUGCUGAAUUAACGUACAAGGACCAGAAUUUUAAUAAGAAACGGGUUACUGGGUGGAAUAAACAUGUGCGUACAGCAUAUGAAGAUGCGCGUCUUAAAUUUCGAACUUGGUUGCUCCAUAACAAACCAGGGUAUGGCGGAGUUUGGGACGACAUGCGUGAGAGUCGUAAGGUUUUUAAAAGUAGACUAAGAUGGUGCCAACAACAUGAAGAUCAAGUUAAAAUGGACAUAAUCGCUUCACGCAGGUCGUCACAUGACUUUGCUAAAUUCUGGAGAGAAACGAACAAGUUAAAUGUAAAAAUAGGUCGCCCCACGAGCAUAGGGGGCUGUAGUGAGCCAAGGGGGAUUGCCAACUUGCUUAAAAAUCAUUUUAAAGUGACUUCGCCUCUGGGACCUCCGUCACGGGUGAUCGAUGCUGAGACCGUUACGAGUAUACCUAUGAGUUUUUCUGCUAAGCAGGUAGAAGCUGUUAUUAAGAAAAUGAACAGAGGUAGGUCUCCGGGUCAUGACGGGCUCAGCAUCGAGCAUCUUAAGCAUGCGGGGAACCAUCUUUAUAGUGUGCUAGCAAUGUUCUUUUCAUUAUGUAUAACACAUUCUUACUUACCAGCUGAUAUGAUGAAAACAGUGGUGGUCCCCUUAGUUAAGAAUAAGACCGGAGAUAUUUCUGAUAAAAAUAAUUACAGGCCAAUAUCUCUAGCUACAGUACUUGCUAAGGUGUUGGACAGUCUGAUAGACCAAAAUUUGGAUCGAUAUUUAAAUAUACACGACGCGCAGUUUGGGUUUGUGCCCAAUCUUUCAACGGAAAGUGCCAUUUUGUGUUUAAAGCAGACUGCCCAAUACUACACAAGCAGAAAGACACCGGUGUAUGCCUGUUUUUUAGACCUUUCGAAAGCCUUCGAUCUAGUAGCGUACGACAUAUUAUGGAGGAAACUCCGCGAGGCAGGUAUACAAUCCGAACUGAUUUCGUUGCUAAAAUUUUGGUAUUUAAACCAAGAAAACUAUGUGAAGUGGGGCGAAACUUUAUCAGAUACUUAUCGGUUGGAUUGCGGGGUGAGGCAGGGGGGUAUAACCUCACCUAAGCUUUUCAAUUUGUAUGUAAAUGAGCUAAUUGUGGGACUCAGCAGCAGACGUGUCGGAUGCUGGAUUGAUGGAAUUUGCCUAAAUAAUCUUAGUUACGCAGAUGACAUGGUGCUGCUGGGUCCGUCGGCUGGCUCUAUUAGGACGCUAUUAAAAAUUUGUGAAGAAUACGCGGUAAAACAUGGCCUGACGUACAAUGUUAAUAAAAGUGAGUACAUGGUUUUUGUGGUCCGCGGAGCGGUAAUUGACUACGAGUCAGUGUUAAAACUAAACGAUGUUCAACUAAGACGGGUAAAACUUUUUAAAUAUCUAGGUCAUUACAUUUCCGAGGAUCUCAGGGACCAUGCUGACAUAGAACGUGAACGAAGGGCACUUGCCGCCAGAUGUAAUAUGCUGGCCCACAGUAAAAAAUCGCUGGACGCACUUAGAGUGCAAUAUAACAAUGGUUUUAGGAUUUUGUUGGGACUGAGACGCUUCUGUAGUGCGUCUGCAAUGUUUACUGAAGCGAAUACUGACUCCUUUUUCGCAAUCUUGAGGAAACGGACCGCCUCUCUAUUAAACAGAAUGCGGCUCAGUUCUAACAAAAUUCUGAAAAUGUUCAGUGCUAAGCUUGCUGAGCCUAUGCUUCAGCACUUUGUUGGCGUAGUGGUGAGGCAAGAAAGGUUAAGCAAGUGAAUUGGUAAAUUGUUAAUUUUAAUUUUUAAUUUAAGUGUACUAACGUAGUUGUAAGUUACUAAUGUUACUAACAAGUGGACUGUAAGUCUUAAUUAAAUAAAAUUAUUAUUAUUAUUAUUAUUA